CUGACCCAAAUCCUCGAACUCGGGAAAACGGCUCGACUCAAGCGACUCGCAAACCCUAGAUAAGAGAGCGCUUGCUUAUAUAAGGCUCCACUCAGACACAGUUAGGAGGAGGCUGGGCGGCGAGAACCCUAAUUCACCGAGGUAAGUGGAAAAUGGCGGCGCCGUUGCUGUCCAAGAAGAUCGUGAAGAAGAGGGUGAAGAAAUUCAAGAGGCCCCAGAGCGACCGGAAAAUCUCUGUGAAGGAAAACUGGCGCAGGCCAAAGGGUAUUGAUUCUCGUGUCCGGAGAAAGUUUAAGGGAGUCACGUUGAUGCCCAAUAUUGGAUAUGGUUCAGACAAGAAGACUCGUCAUUGUCUUCCAAAUGGCUUCAAGAAAUUUGUUGUGCAUAAUUCCAAAGAGCUUGAAUUAUUGAUGAUGCACAACAGAACCUAUUGUGCUGAGAUAGCACAUGAUGUAUCAACAAGGAAGAGGAAAGAGAUUGUUGAGCGAGCUGCACAACUUGACAUUGUUGUAACGAACAAACUUGCCAGAUUGCGUAGCCAGGAAGAUGAAUGAGCUAGUGUAAGGAAAUUUUGAAGUGUGUUUAGGAAUGAAUUCUGUUUGCUAUAAUUAUUUGGCUUGGAUGAUUUUGUUCCGAAGAGUACAUUUGGAAGAGUUUUAUCAUCAUGGAAUCCAUGUUAAAAACAGUUUUCCUCGGUCUGGGAAACAAUUUGAGAUCUAGCAUUUAUAUAUAUGCUCGAUUUAGAAUGCUGUUUAAAAUGUUAGUGGUAUAUAUACAUGUCAUGUAUUAUGAUCAAAAUGAUGUGUCAAAUUACAUAAAAGGAUAUAAUGUAACUUUUGAAUGAUUGAUCAAAGGAGGGUUGUUAGGCA